UAAUCUAACGGCCAAAACCACAACUACGUUUGGGUUAAAUCCUUUGCUUAUACCCUAGCCGCAUUUUCUUUCUCUUCUAUUUUCUGUUUCCUGGAAACACUCGGAUUCAACUUUUAUUUUAUUUUAUUUUAUUUUGUUUCCUAAACGAAUAAAGGAAAAGAAAGAAAGAAAUUAAAACUCAGAUUCAAUUCAACUAAACAUUCAAAUCUUUUUUAAUUUAUAUUAUUUUCCUAAGAUAAUAAGUGCUAGCAGUUUUUAUUAAUAAAAAGGAUAAGGAUGCAGCAAAAUAGUGGCUUGGAUUCGCAACCGUCGCAGGAACAGAACCAACGGCAGCAACAACCUCCACGAUCGCAGCCGCAGUGGGUGGCAAUGCAGUAUCCGGCUGCCGCUAUGGUAAUGCAGCAUCAAAUGAUGCAACCGCAGCACUUCGUGGCGCCGCCACUCCCACCUCAGCACUACAUGCCUUAUCACCACCUUCAUCUCAAUGGCCACGCGCAGCAAGGUUCCGGCGGAGGUAGCGGUGAGAACAAAACCGUUUGGGUUGGUGAUUUGUAUCAUUGGAUGGACGAGAACUAUCUUCAUAGCUGUUUCGCUUCCACUGGCGAGAUUGCAUCCAUUAAGGUCAUUCGCAAUAAGCAGACUGGUCUACCAGAAGGAUAUGGAUUUGUGGAAUUCUUUUCGCAUGCAACAGCAGAGAAAGUUCUCCAAAGUUAUAGCAGCGUUUUGAUGCCUAAUACUGAUCAACCUUUCCGUCUGAACUGGGCAACUUUAAGCACGGGAGAGAAACGCUCAGAAAAUGGCCCUGAUCUUUCUAUUUUUGUAGGAGAUUUAGGUGCUGAUGUUACUGAUAGCCUAUUGCAUGAAACUUUUGCUAGUAAAUAUCCUUCUGUUAAAACUGCAAAAGUCGUUAUUGAUGCUAAUACUGGUCGAUCAAAAGGUUAUGGUUUUGUGAGGUUUGGGGAUGAGACUGAAAGGUCACAAGCCAUGAAUGAAAUGAAUGGUGUAUAUUGUUCAAGCAGGCCGAUGCGCAUUGGUGCCGCGACUCCGAGGAAAUCCUCAGGGUAUCAGCAACAAUAUUCUUUGCAAGGUGGGUAUGCAUCAAAUGGUAACUCAACUCAAUCUGAUGGAGAUUCUUCAAACACAACCAUAUUUGUUGGAGGGCUUGACCCAAACGUCACUGAGGGAGAUCUCCGCCAACCUUUCUCUCAGUAUGGUGAAAUAGUCUCUGUUAAAAUACCUGUUGGCAAAGGAUGUGGGUUUGUACAAUAUGCCAACAGGAAUAAUGCUGAGGAGGCAUUGCAAAAGUUGAACGGGAUGGUAAUUGGCAAGCAAACGGUGCGACUUUCCUGGGGUCGCAACCCGGCAAAUAAACAGUUUAGAGGUGAUUAUGGUAACCAGUGGGGUGGAGCUUAUUAUGGAGGACAAGUCUACGAUGGUUAUGGAUAUGCUGUGCCACCACCUCAUGACCCGGGCAUGUACGCAGCCGCAUAUGGGGCAUAUCCCAUCUAUGGCAGUCAUCAGCAGCAAGUUAGUUGAAAUAAUGACAUCGGGGGAGAGAAGUUGUAGCUCUUAGUGAGUAGAUACUCAAACUAAAGGGGGCCAACGGCAAACUAAAGCAGUAAAGCUCUCUAGAUUUCUUUAGAAAUCUUUAUAUGAAUCCUCUCCAACUGUGGACCGGAACUGAAUUUUGACCCCUUAGAUAGUUUUUUGUAGGGAUUUAUUUCAAAAUUUGUUUAAUUUUUUAGGUGAGGUGAAAAAGAAAACUUGGUGAUUGGAAUAUAAAAGUUGAAUAUGGUAAAUAAGAAGUACCAAAGAUGGGGCUACUUGUCCGGUCUGGUAGGUUCGACCUUAAAUAA